CCUCCUGAAUAUAUCGGCUAAAACUAGGGUUUCUGUUUGUGAUUCUCCGAAAUUCAGUAAAAAGAUGAUAUCUUUAUGAAAAUUUAUCCUCUUUAUGCUUGUGAUUUUCCAUAAUUUGGCCUAAAAAUGAUGCUUUUAUGAAUUUUUAUGUUCAAAUGUUUCUGCAAUCAUUUGAUUUCGCUAGAACACGUGGUUCAUCUUGUGAUCAUAAUUUAUAUUCAUGAACUAGAUUUCUGUUGAAAUUUAUUUGAAUUUUUUUUUUUUGAUCAAGACCUUAGGGAUUAAAGCUUGUACAUGUUAAGUUUGUUCUUCAGCCAAAAAAAUAAUCUGUUGAAAUUUAGGAUUCACAAGGGACUGCAAUGUAAUUAAGCAGAUGCUUGGUUUUACUCGAAAUUUUCUAUUGGAAUGAUUCUAAUAUUGUAUAGGCCAUGUUUGUUUUUAUGAUUGAUUUGCCUGUAUUUAAAGCUAUAAUAGGAUUUGUUAAGCGUGCGCAAAAGGAAUUAGCUUGAGGUAUUCAGAGCAAUGCACAACAUAAAGUGAAAGAUUCACGUUAAACACUUGAAGAACUUUUCGAAGACAAGCUAUUUGCUCCUUGAAUUCCAUUUUUCAAUUUCAGGAAUUUUAUAAUAUUAACGCCUUUGCUGAAUGAUUACCGCUCAUGCCUGUUGGGAGUGGUCAUGACUCUGGAACAAUAGCUUUGUGCAUGGAAUUAGGUGAUCUGAAUGCAAAUGUGUUAUAAGAGGCAUGAGUUGUUCUGAAGGCUAAUUUCUAAAUACUUGGAUGGGUGCUCCUAAACAGAAGUGGACUCCAGAAGAAGAAGCUGCUCUUAAAGCAGGGGUCCGGAAGCAUGGACCAGGAAAAUGGCGGACGAUCCUAAAGGACCCAGAAUUUAGCGGAGUGUUGUGCUUGCGUUCAAAUGUAGAUCUAAAGGACAAGUGGAGGAACAUGAGUGUGAUGGCAAAUGGCUGGGGUUCUAGAGAGAAAGCAAGGCUGGCUCUCAAAGGAAUGAAUCAAACUCGUAAACAGGAUGAGAAUUCUUUAGCUCUUAUCAUUGAGGCUCAAAGUGAUGAGGAAAUUGUUGAAGCAAGGCUAGCUACUACUUCUAGUGGUUCUCCACAGAUUGGUGGGUCAAAAAGAUCUAUCAUAAGGUUGGAUAAUCUUAUAAUGGAGGCUAUAAGCAACUUGAAGGAGCCAGGUGGUUCCAACAAGACUACUAUAGCUACAUACAUAGAGGAUCAAUACUGGGCACCUCCAAACUUUAAAAGGCUACUUUCAGCGAAACUGAAGUAUUUAACUGCAACUGGGAGACUUAUCAAGGUGAAGCGAAAGUAUAGAAUAGCACCGAUGUCAGCAUUAUCUGAUAGAAGAAGAAUGCCUUCCAUUCCUCUCUUGGAAAGCGGGCAGAGGAUCUCGAAUAGGGUUGAUCGGGAUGAUAUGAACAUGCGUACUACUAAGGCUCAAGUAGAUUUAGAGUUAGCUACGAUGAGGAGUAUGACACUUCAAGAGGCAGCAGCUGCUGCUGCACAAGCUGUUGCAGAAGCAGAAGCAGCCAUAGAAGAAGCUGAGGAGGCUGCUAGAGUGGCUGAGGCUGCUGAGGCUGAAGCCGAAGCUGCACAAGCCUUUGCAAAAGCUGCAAUGAAAACACUACAAGGGAGAAGCAUUCCAAGGAUGAUGAUACGUGCUUGAUGGAUCUUCCAGAGUCGAGGCUCGAUAUGUCACAUAGAGCUUUGUUGGAUGCUCUUCCAGUUUCUUAUUUUUCAAAUCGUAGCCAACUCGCUUGUUGGCUUGUAAAUAUGGUAAAAAGUUGUGGAAAUGUAUAAUCCAGUGUUAGUGAUAGUAAAGCCUUUCGAAAUGUAGCAUAUUACAUAUUCAUUCCCCCUCUUCACCAGCAGAACAUGAGAAACCUUCAGGGAAAUUAUAUAGUUUCAGACUUGUGAUUUGUGAACUGUACUCAGUGGACGGAAACAGGGUUGAAUUCACCUAGUUUUCUAGUCUUAGGGCCUCCCACAAGAUCUGAACUAAUGAAACCAAGAAUUGACAAUA